AUGCAUUUCAAGACCGUUGCUACCUCGCUCCUCGUGGCCGGAGCGGCCGCCUCCCCCUUCCGCCGCCAGACCUCGAACGAGACCUUCUGCGAUGAGGACCUCCCCGCCCCUCAGCCGAGCAGCACCAAGGCUCACUUCCCGCCUUACCCCGUGAACACCACCAUCCCCGGUGUUCCCACUACUCCCGGCGGCUCUUACCCUCCUCCGUCAAACCCUGGAAACGGAGGCAACACUGGCUCUGGCUCCGGCUCCGGCUCCGGCUCUGGAUCUGGGUCUGGUUCCAACACUGGUUCCGGAUCUGGCUCAAACACGGGCUCGAACACCGGUUCUUCCACCGGUUCCUCGACUGGAUCUAACACUGGUUCCAACACUGGCAAGCCUGGAUCCGGCGGCUCGUGGCCUUCCGCUGCUCCCUCCGCCGCCGCGUCUGCUCCCGCCGGCAACGUCCCCUCGUACCCGGGCAAGCCUCCCGCCGGCUCUUCUUACAUUCCCUUCCCUCAGAACACCAGCAUUCCCACCGCUGCUCCCUCCUUCACCACCGUUCCCGGUGUCGCUCUUCCCACCGAGCCCAUCGCCGUUCCCAGCACCACCGUCCCCGCUGGCAACAACGACACCAUCCCGGCCUCCACCUCUAGCACGGCCUCCGGAUCCGCCUCCGCCAGCGCUACCGCCCCGGCCACCAACAUCCCCUACGGCGUUGCCAUCACUAAGUGCACUGUCGAGGGUGACUUCGCCCUCACCUUUGACGACGGCCCGUUCACUUACACCGAGCACGUCCUCGACCUCCUCGCUGAGGCUGGCGCCAAGGCCACUUUCUUCGUCAACGGCGAGAACUUUGGCAACAUCAAUAACUUCCAGGAUGUCGUCAAGCGCAUGGUUGCCGACGGCCACCAGAUUGGCUCGCACACCUACAGCCACCCCGAUCUCGCUACCCUGGGCGAUGCCGACAUCAUCCCUGAGAUGACCACGCUCGAGGAUGCUCUCUUGAACAUCAUUGGAAAGUACCCCACUUACAUGCGCCCUCCCUACUUCAGCUGGAACGACAACACCCUCUCCAUCCUGAAGGCGCUUGAGUACCACGUCAUCCACGCCGACAUCGACUCCUUCGACUACGCCAACAACGCUCCCCUCGGCAACCUCACCAGCGUCGGUAUCUUCGAGAAGGGUGUCGACGCCGGUGGUUCCAUUGCCCUGGCCCACGAGGUUCACCAGAACACCGCCGAAUACCUCGUCCCGGAGUUCCUCCGCAUCAUCAAGGAGAAGGGCCUGAACGCCGUCACCGUCGGUGAGUGCCUGGGCGACGCCGAGGCCAACUGGUACAAGACGAAGCGCACCUCCACCCCUACCGCCACCGCCUCCAAGAUCGUCGUCUCCAUCACCAGCACCGCUACCCCCACCGGCGUCAUCGGCCCUGACGGCGCCUGCGGCGGCUCCAACAACUACGUCUGCGAGGCCGGUGCCUGCUGCUCCGAGUACGGCUUCUGCGGCACCUCCCAGGCCUACUGCGGUACCGGCUGCCAGCCCCUCUUCGGCGUCUGCGGUGUCGCCGGCCCCGUUGCCUCCGGCGGUGAUGCCACCUCCAGUGCCCCCGCUGCUACCCAGACCGCUGCCACCGGCGGCGUCAGCCCCGACAGCUCUUGCGGUGGCUCCAACGGCUACACUUGCCCUGACAGCACCUGCUGCUCUGAGUACGGCUUCUGCGGAACCACCACUGCUCACUGCGGCACCGGCUGCCAGCCCAUCUUCGGCACCUGCUCUUAA